AUGUUACUUGUAGAAUCAUAUGUAGCAUCAAACAUAUUGUCUAAUACUAUUACAACACCUUCAUCAGAUUCUUCAUUAUUAGUUAAUAAGAUCCGUACGUUUUCUGAAAGUUCUCCCACUGAAUAUCAUGUUAAUUCAAUAAAACAAAUAUGGUUUAAUAAAUUAGUUACUUUUAUUGAAGAAGAAAAUUUAGUAUUAGAAUUAUCGAAUUGGGCAGAAAGUAAAGCCAAGCAAUCAAGAUUAUUUGAUUUUUGGUAUUUUAUGUUACGUCAUUUAUUUGAACCAUUGAUGAUAUUAUAUUGUUCUAUUAGAACGUCGAAUUUUAAAUCCAGAAAUGCUUGUGUCGCAAGAAUAGCUCCAUUAUUUUUUUCUAGCAACCAUCGGAACUAUGCACGUCUUUGUGCCCAACAUUUGUAUGAUCUGUCAAAUGCAAGUCCAUAUUUACUGAAUCGUUUAUCAAAAUCGUUUUCAGUUGUGAGAACUGAAAGGCCAUUUUCAAACAUCGCAUUGGAUCAGACUAUUGAAAGUUCGAUUAACAAAUAUGGAAAAAGUCAUGGCGGCAUCUCCGGUAAGUUUACCAAUGACACCAUUGAUGUAUGGACAAACUCCUUUGCCUAUCGAGCAACAUUAAGCAGUAUCUUACAUGAAAUAUAUGAAGUCGAAACUCAUGCAAAUAGUCUCGAUUCUCAUAUUGAAUCCACACCUGAAAGACAAAUGAAAGACAACAAAGACUUACGUAUUAUUUUAAUGAAAUUGAAACAAGAGGAGAUAUUUUCAUCCAAUGCUCCACAAUUUCGAAAAUUGUUUUCUGGAAAAAUUAUACAUGAUGACAUAAUCAAUAGUAUUACCAGUUCAUUUGUUCGUGGUGAAGAAGCCAUGCGUAGUUAUAUUGUAGACCGUUUAAUUAAUAAAACUAUAAAAAUUGAUGAACCAUUGACAACAAUGACGUUCUUAAAACUAUCAGAUGCUGACCAUUACGUACCUGGUGAACGACCUAAUACAAAGAAAAAAAAUUUGUUAAACACUCAUUCUAGAGAUUUAUCAAAGAACCUCAAUUCAAUAGAUAGGCUUAUGCGUGAUGCUGUAAUUGUUGCAGAACAACGAAAUAUUACAUUAUCAUCUGUCUUUUCUCAUGAAUUUACUAUUGCACCAUUAUCUUUAUGUGACCUACGUGAUUACAAUAUAAUGUACCAACAAAAUAAAUCUUCAAUUAUUGAUUAUAUAAAAAGCCAAUUUUCUACAUCAUUUUCAUCUUCACCUCCAUCUAUUCAUGAAACACAAGCUUUGAUCAUCGAUGGAAGAAGUAUACUUCAGAUAAAGCCAGUUGGAAAACGUGUAACAGUUCGUCAAUAUGCAAAUCAAUUAUUAAAAAUGAUAAUUGUUUAUAAUUUCAACUCUUUUAAUCGUAUCGAUGUCGUGUUCGACUCGCCUUCUUAUGAUCUUAAAUGUGAUGAUGUUUUUGACUCUGAUUACCAUCAAUUAGUUAUGAAUAAUGAAGCCAUAAUAGCUUCUCGUAUUAGAGAAUGUUGGUCUGCUAGUACAUCCAUUCAGGCUUUACCAGAUGGAAAGGUGUUAGUUAUCGCUGGACCAGAUGAAUCAUCAGUAACAUUAAAAAAAUAUUGUGAUCCUAUUAAUGAUUAUUUAUUGGUAUCAAAUCAUGCAGAAGCUGCAACAAGAUUAUUCAUACAUGCACAAGCUAUUUCAUAUGAAAAUAUUAAAUCUAUUGUUUGUCAAUCAUAUGAUACUGAUGUCAUUAUUUUGGGUAUAGCACAUGCAUUGUCAUUAGAUGUUAAUAAUUUUUUUAUUAAAUCUUUCAAUACCAAAGGAAAAUUUUAUACAUAUAUCAAUAUUCGUGAAAUUGCUCUUGCAAUAAAAAAGAAAUUCCUUAUUGAUCCAAUAAUUUUACUUGUUAUUCAUGCAUUAUCAGUGGACGGAAUUUCAUGUGCUGAACGCUUAUUACUUGACUGCUAUUCAUAUACAAAUACAGCAUCAUCUCUUGAUGACCUUAGAGCAACAGUGGCGAGCUCAUCUUUUAAACAAAAUCGUGCAUCAUUUGUUGCCCCUACUCUCCCACCAACUUCCGAUGCUUUUUAUUUCCAUUGCCAAAGAGCAGCUCGUCAAAUUCAAAUAUGGUCUCAAGUAUAUCAAUCGGAUAUGACGAUACAAACAGUGGAGAACUCUGAAGGUUAUGAGAUACGACAAAAUGAUGUUCAGUUAAAAUGGUUAUCACUUAGCUGUUUUCCAACUGACGAUCGAUUAUCUAAUAGUAUUUCUACAUCAAGACCAUUAUCACAACCAGUAACAUCAACACCACAAAAAUUAAAAUUUACGACAAUCACAAGUCGACGAGCCAUGACACAGGAAAAUGCAACAACAUAUGAAGAUAUAUCAAUAGUUUCCUUUUCUCCUUUUCAGGAUAUUGAAAAAUAA